AUGUUCCGCGUCUUGAGUAUUGAAUACCCAGACAACUAUGGUGACUACGUCGCAUGGUUUGUGUUGAUUCUCAUCGCGCCGCUCUUGACCAACGCUUUUGUCUAUAUGGUUGUGGGACGAAUGGUAUGGAACUUUAGCAACGAUGCGCGUGUGUUGAAAGUGCGACCAUGGAAUUUCGGUCUUUUCUUCGUCACUCUCGAUAUCAUUGCAUUUAUCAUCCAGGUAUACGGAGCGGCAUCUGCAUCUGGGAACGACAUCCCCUAUGACACUGAAAUGAUGGGUCUUCACGUUUACAUGGGUGGUGUGGGCUUACAGCAGUUUUUCGUCAUCAUGUUUGUGAUCUGCGCCAUCUUCUUCCAUCGUCAGCUUCUCCAGCAGAGGCGACAAGAUAUGAAGACAGCUUUGCUUCUUCUCUACGUCCUCUACGGAGUCCUCGCCUUGAUUACUCUGCGUAUCAUUUUCCGAUUAUGUGAAUACUCGCAGGGUCUUGAUAGCCAGAUUCCUCUUCACGAGGCGUACCAGUACUGUCUCGACUCACUUCCCAUGUUCAUCGCGCUUGUUAUGCUCAACGUCGUCCACCCCGGUCGCCUCAUGCCUGGCAAAGAGAGUGAGAUGCCGAGCCGGAAGGAGAGGAAACAGAUGAAUAUCUAUACCAAGGAGGCAUCAAAUGAUUCGAUGGCCGGGCCGUAUGCCAAUGUGUAA